UACAGAGAAGGCUCCUCACACCCCGAUAUCCCAGAAGAGGCCGCUCUCUAUACACGUUCCCCGGUCGGUUCUGCUCUUGAUUGCAUGUCGAUUGAUGUCGUAGAAUUCAAUUGCUUUCGAUGAACCCGGCCGACGACAGCGACAGCGACGCCGCGCCUUCGCUAGAAUCUGCUGCCCCGCCAAAGCACUUCUGUAAGCAUCCUCUUGGGAUGUUUCGCGACUUCAACAACAAGAUAUACAUCCUCAGACCUCCAUCAUGCCGUCAGAGAAAGAAAGCACAUCUUCGCAUAUCUCCAUCAGCGACGAUGCCGAGGCACACGACAAUUCCAAGAGCGGGGAGACGCCCCGAAGCAGCCGUGGCUGGGACGGCAAACUGCGCGUCGAGAAGAAGCUUGAGCUUGCCAACCCAGAAGCACUCUCCGACCCCGAGUAUUCAGACGAGGAGCAGGUUCUCCCCGGCGAGGAGAUUGAUGCUGAUGAAGACCUCUUGGACGAUUACCCCUCCGAUACAGAGGAGAUCGACUGCGUGCAUUCCCGCGUCUCCUCGAUCCCCUCUCUCCGGCUCGACCGAUUCAAAGCUGUGACCCGGCUCUGCCUCCGCCAGAACACCAUUACCGAGAUUGAAGGGCUAUCGUGCGUGGCCGCCACGCUGCAGGACCUCGACCUGUACGACAACCUGAUCGCGCACAUCCGGGGUCUGGAGAGUCUGACGCAGCUGACGAACCUCGACCUGUCCUUCAACAAGAUCAAGCACAUCAAGAAGAUCGACCACCUGGUGCACCUGACGGACCUCUACUUCGUGCAGAACAAGAUCCAGACGAUCGAGAACCUCGACGGGCUCACGCGCCUGCGCAACCUCGAGCUGGCCGCCAACCGCAUCCGCGAGAUCCAGAACCUCGAGCAUCUGACGGCCCUGGAGGAGCUGUGGCUCGGCAAGAACAAGAUCACGCAUCUCAAGGGCUUGGAUACCCUGCAGAACCUCAAGAUCUUGAGCAUCCAGUCGAACCGCAUCCGUACCAUCUCGGGCCUCGACAACCUCCCGAACCUCGAGGAGUUAUACAUCUCGCACAAUGCGCUUACGUCUUUGAAGGGCCUGGAGAACGUGCAUAGUCUGCGGGUCCUCGAUAUUAGUAACAAUCAGGUCGAGAGCGUGCAGGGCGUGAAGCAUAUGCAGAAUUUGGAAGAGUUAUGGGCCAGCUAUAAUCAGAUAGCCGAUUGGCAUGAGGUUGAGGGAGAGUUGCGACCCCUGACCAAGUUGAAUACUGUAUAUUUUGAGGGCAAUCCGUUGCAGCUGAAGGCUCCGGGUUCGUAUCGCAACAAGGUGCGGUUGAUGCUACCGCAGCUUCUGCAGAUUGAUGCUACCUUUGUGAGGGUUUCAUAGGAUGGCGAUAAUAUGAUGAUACAUGGCAACGGAGUUUUAUGGUUGGGACAUCAGGAUCAAGCUUCCAAGAUGGCUUUUAUAGAUCAGGCGCAU